AUGUACUUGAAAAGUAUAGUCCGGGAACUCAAGGGGAUGAAAAAUGGGAUAGGUAGUAUAUCGAGGCGUGGUGGUGAGAGCAAGCAUUGGCUCUCUCGGUCGAAGUCGCAUGUUGCUCCAGAUGUAACUCCAAUUGAGCCUAUUCAGCAGGGACAGUGGGCGAGUCUGCCGCCUGAGUUGCUGUUGGAUAUAAUCCGGAGGGUUGAAGAGAGUGAGACAUCUUGGCCUGCGCGCGCUGUUGUUGUGUUUUGUGCUUCGGUAUGUAAAUCGUGGAGGUCUGUUAUGAAAGAGAUCAUCAAGACUCCUCAGCAAUGUGGAAGGAUCACAUUUCCUAUUUCAUUGAAGCAGCCCGGUCCCCGUGAUUAUCCAAUACAGUGCUUUAUUAGGAGGAACAGAGAAACUUCUACAUUCGUGUUGUACUUAGGUUUGGUGCCAUCGGAGCAUGAGAGUAAUAAGUUGUUACUAGCCGCCAGAAAGAUAAGAAGAGCCAUAGGUACCGGCUUUAUCAUAUCCUUGGCUGCAGACGAUUUUUCUCGAACCAGCAACAAAUAUGUUGGUAAACUGAGGUCUAAUUUUUGGGGCACCAAGUUCACUGUAUACGACAGUCAACCUCCACAUGAUGCUGCAGUUCAACCAAAGCAUCGUCCAAGUGGGAGAUUUAAUUCUAAGCAGGUGUCACCUAGAGUUCCUGCAUGUAAUAAUCUUGUUAGCACCGUUUCCUAUGAGCUGAAUGCUCUCUGGACUAGAGGGCCAAGAAGAGUGCACUGCACCAUGAACUCUAUACCUAUCUCAGCUAUUGAGGAAGGUGGAAAUGCCCCAACUCCAACAGCGUUACCUCAUAUAUUAGGCAAACCUUUUUCUCCCUCACCAUCACUGGAAGAAAAAAGCCCAAUGUCAGAUUUGUACUCUGGCAGCCUAUCCGAACUACCAGAACUGACUGAAGGCUCCAUCGAGCCCUUGGUACUAAAAAACAAGUCUCCCAGAUGGCAUGAGCAGCUCCAGUGUUGGUGCCUAAACUUCAUGGGACGUGUUACAGUGGCAUCUGUAAAGAACUUUCAACUCGUAGCUGCUGUUGAUCCAUCUCAUAAUGUUUCGCCUGUGGAGCAAGAAAGGGUAAUCUUGCAGUUCGGAAAGAUUGGAAAAGAUAUAUUCACCAUGGACUACUCUUAUCCUCUCUCUGCCUUUCAAGCCUUUGCCAUCUGCUUGACAAGCUUUGAUACCAAACCAGCCUGCGAGUGA